AUGCUGACCGCCACCCAGCCUACCACGGUACUCCACGGGGCCCCAUCUAUAUCAUUCAAUGUUCUCUCGACACGCCUGGAGGCCCGGCGUUCAAGCCAUAGCAGCCCUCCAAGCAUUUCAUUAAAGCAGAGACUCCCCCCAAGGUCCUGGGAUAGUCACAUGCAUGUCAUGGAACCUGAGCGGUUCCCCGUGUCCCCAGCAGCGGUGUACAAGCCCACCCCGCAUACCCUCGCCGAAGCCCUGGCCUUUGAGUCCGGGCUGGGCGUUGAGAACUUAGUGCUUGUGCAACCAUCGAUAUAUGGAGCCGAUAACUCCUGUUUACUCGCUGCACUGAAGAACCUCGGCCCCUCCCGCGGCAGAGGCAUCGUCGUCGUCGACCCAGAUACCGUGCAGCAAGAGACAUUGGAUGAAUGGCACUGCCUCGGCGUCCGUGGACUGCGGGUCAAUCUCCAGUCCGUCGGCAAAGUCAUGGACCAGGCCGAGCUUGAAGCCACAUUGCUCCGGCAUGCUGAGAUCGCCCGGCCAUAUAAUUGGAUUAUUGAAAUCUACCUCCCUCUGAAGAUGGUCUCUAUGAUCGAGACUAUCCUCCCACAGCUCGGUGUACGCAUCUGCAUCGAUCACUUCGGCAGUCCCGAGCUGGCCUCCACAGACCCCAAAGCCCCGUUCGACCCUUACGACCUCGAAGGCUUUUCAUCUCUGAUAACUUUGCUCCGCGCUGGCGGCACUUACGUGAAAGUAUCUGCACCGUACAGACUUAGCAAAGAUCACCAGAUGCGUGACUUGAAGGCCAUGGCCCGGGAGUUCCUGGCUGCUGCUCCUAGCCGUGUGAUCUAUGCCACCGAUUGGCCACACACCCGGUUCUCCGACGUGGAUAUCAGCCCUUUUACGGAGUGCUGCUUGGACCUGUGUUCGUCUAAGCCGGGAUUAGCGGAGCGGUUGUUCCGCAGAAAUACUGAGGAAAUGCUUGGAGUGGUUUCGGAAUGA